AUGUCCACAAACCUCCAAAAGCUCCUCCUAGCUCUCGUCAGCUACCUCAAAACCAUCCUCUUCACCCUCCUCGCCGGCAUAACCAUCCCCUCCACCACCACCACCACCACCACCCGCACCCGCACCACCCGCCGCUCCCCCCAACACCACUCCCCGCACCACCCCUCCCCCGCCAUCGACACCACCGCCCUCCUCUCGACCAUCUCCUCCCUCGCCGCCGCCGACCACGAACCCGCCGCCCGCCUGCACGCCAUGAUCGCCCACGACGGCGGCGGCACCUGGCCGCCGCGCUUCCCGUCCGACCUGUCCGCCUGGCCCGCGCCGCUGCGCGGCUACCACGAAGCCUACCACCUCUGGGCGCCGCACCUCUACUCCGCGCAUCCCAGCACCAGCGACGCCACCAACAUCGCGCUGCGCUCCGCGUUCCGGGCGCGGCUCGCGGCCGCGCUGGAGGCGCACGUCGACGUCGGGGCUGUGGUUGCGCUGCUGGAACGGAGCGAGACGGACGCGGCAGCCGUGCGGGCGGACGUGUUUAAUGCGUUCUUCGCGUGCGUGGCGAUGACGCGGCAUGCGUACCGGUGGGCGACGAUCCCGGCGGUGCGGGUGGCGCAGGAGGAGAAGGCGGUGGGGUAUCCGGCGGCGCUGGGGGUGCCGUGGGGAUAUUUGCAGCGGCGGUACGGGUUCGGGAGCCAGGCGGGGAACGCGCUGACGAAUUUCCUGUAUCACUGGGGCGGGGAGGAGGUCGGGCCGGUGUAUAAGGUGAAUGUUGGGGAGGGGGUGGCGCCGGCGGUGGAGAGGGCGGAGUAUUGGUUUGCGUUCAUGUUUGCGGAGACGGAGCGACUGGCGGUACCGGUGUAUGUGGAGGUGGUGAGGGCGCUGGGGGCGUGGGAGAGGGGGGAGCGGGCGGCGGUGUUGGCGGCGUUGAGGGAGAUGCGGGAAAGGGUGAGGGAUGUGGUCAAGGUGUUGUAUGACAACCUGGUUGAGAGCAAGAUCGAGCGGGAGGUGUGGCUGGGGUGGGUGCAGGGGUUUCAUGCGUACGGGGCGGGCGAGGAGGUGGACGGGGCGUAUGUGGAGAGCGAUGGCGUGAGCGGGAAUCAGUUGCCGUUUUUCCAGGUCGUCGAUGCGUUUUUGGGCAUGGGCGCGUAUUUGUCACCCGAGGAGUCGAGGACGAGCGUGUCGGUGCGGCAGCGCAUGUUCAGCGCCGAGGUGAGGAAGAAGAGUUUCAGGAGGGAGGCCAAGGAGAUGGGGGACGACGAGGUGGAGCGCGAGAUGGCGGCGAUCGCGAAGCAGGUCAGGGUUUGGAGAGCGGCGCACAAGGUCAGGAUCGUGCCGUAUCUGGCGCAGCCUGCACCCGAGAGGAUGCUGAUGAUGGCGGGCAAAUCUGUCUUGGAAACGAAGGGAGUCAAGAGCAUCAAGGGGGUGGUCGAGUACCUGGACUAUCUGGUGGGCGGGAGGAUCGAACAGACCAAGUAG